UUGAUGAGCUGCCCGCCAUGUCAGAUUGCGUAAGGCUAGCCUUACACACUCUAACUAUUUACAAAAGCUGGGUGGGUCAUCUUGAGUUUGAUCAUUUACGGCGACGGUUGAGAUGAGUCCAUCAUCAGACAUAUACAAGAAUCAGAUUCACUUUUCUUGUUUUUGUGUAUAAAGAAUCAGAUUCAUAGUACCGUACUCGACAGAACACAUGCUUUUUUUUCCUUGCGCUCUCUAUUUUAGCGGACUAGAAGAAUUAGGAGAAAGAAACCAAGCAAGAGUGAGCAAUGGGAUCAGUAGCAAAGAAUGGGUUGCAACAGUAUCUCAUACAGCUCCAACAACACCCUUUGAGAACCAAAGUGAUAACGGCAGGAGUGCUGUCUGCGAUCACUGAUAUAGUGGCGCAGAAGCUCUCUGGCCUCCAGAAACUUCAGCUCAGACGGCUCCUUCUCAAAGUGCUUUUUGGCUCUGUCUAUGCCGGACCGUUCGGGCAUUUUUUUCACAUACUGCUGGACAAACUUUUCAAGGGGAGGAAAGACACAAAAACUGUUGCCAAGAAGGUGGUGUUGGAGCAACUGACAUCUUCCCCUUGGAACAAUAUGUUUUUCAUGAUUUACUAUGGGGUCGUUGUUGAAGGAAGACCCUGGAUCCAUGUGCAAUCUAAGAUCAAGAAGGACUAUCCGAUCGUGCAGUAUACAGCAUGGACGUUCUGGCCAGUGGUUGGAUGGGUAAAUCAUCAGUAUGUGCCUCUGCAGUUUAGAGUUGUCGUCCAAAGUCUCGUUGGCUGUUUCUGGGCAAUAUUUCUGAAUCUCAGAGCAAGAUCCAAAGGUUAAGAAGCUCUCAUGUAAAAGGAGGGAUGUUCAAACUUCAAACUAGCAACUUGUCCUGUUUUCUGUAUCAAUGUUGUCCCAUUAAAUAUUGGAAGAAGUGGUACUGUUCUUUAGAAAUUGGUAUUCAUCCAAGUUUUGUAAUAUAUAUUGGGAUAAAAUAAGUGACAUUUUAUCAAUUUCUAAAAUUAUUCUCCCAUUAAAACCCAUAACCAACAAAUUUUCGAAA